GUCUCAUUUUGGGUAACUUGUGGCUACCGGUAGCUAGGUAGCAAAACCGUACUGCGCUGUGGAGCUGCUCUCGGCACAAAGAUCCGAUCUGUUCGGUUGUCCACCAGAUCCAUCGACCAGUACCGGUAUCCCCACUCAACUACAUGUCCAAGGAGUCUAUCUAUCGGCAAUGAUCAUACCAUCGUCGUCUUUGAAAUCAAUAGGCUGUCAGCACCAGUACCUCCUUCAUCAUUGGGAAGAUGCUGGCUUGUCACGGACGCCAAUGGCCUUAUCCAUGUCUUCCCAGGAGGCGACGACAGCACUGGCGACUUCCUUGGCCCGAGGUGGCGCUGCUGCCGUCGAACUCUUUGCCAAGCACCACGCAACCACCUUGGAUCUUGGACGUGUUCGUAUGAGACUGGAUGGACUGCAAGUAUUUGCCACAUUGGCAGCCCUGUUGACCAACGGAUGUCUUCGCCUGUACUCGAGCGUCACCCCACCCAGCCAAGAGGACGAAAAAAGACUCUCAUGGCGUGACCGAAGAGCUCUGGAUUUGUUUUAUGUCUGUACAGCAAUCUCCAUUUUAUCAGGAUCCUAUACUACCAUUGUCUUUGGCUUGUUGUCCUUGUAUUCCAAAACAGCCCUUGGAAGGGGGUUGGAUGAUCCCUUCUUGGAGUUUUGGGCUGCAAGUACCAAUAUCCGAGAAAGUGCCAUGGAAUCCUUUUUGUGGAAUUUAGUGUCCUUCGAAUUGGCAUUUAUCUUGUCUCUCUUUGUUCGCUUUUCAGGCAAACGAAGGAUCCGAUUGGUGUGCCUGGCAUGCAUAAUCUCCUGCAUCUCAUUUUCCCGGUGGACCCAAAUCUUGAUAUUGGCAUCCAAGUAUCUGUUCCCCCUGAGAGCUGAGACUCAAUUUUGAUUCGAUUCUGCCGGAAGUGGCAAUGCUAGCUGUACGUACUACAUGUACAAUUGGGGGGGCUCACUCUUGGUGGUCCUUUAGCGUUCUUGAAUCGCUCUGAAUGCUGGUUGGUUGUCAAGCCUGGAGAGGUAUCAUGUUGACAGCCAGUCUGUUCUUUACAAAUGGCAAGCUUACCGGCAAAGAUUCGGAGUUGCAGUCUUGAGAGCUUUUCCAUCUGUCUUUAACAAUUUUGAGUCUACAAUCAAAAUCUGCUACCGUAUCUCCUUGUAUGGCUCCUGCGAUCUGAACAAAACUGCCGUAGGACCAACAGGAAAAUGUACUAGGGCUGCCGGCUCGAAGUCUCAGAACGAAGAACAAGAGAAGAUUUAUGGAUUAUGGUGGAAUCAUUUAAGGGAAACACAGGUCUUCUUUGCUUUCCGGGAGAAAAGAGUAAAAAGUACAACUGAAAGUCCGAAACAGGGUGAUUUGAGCUGUGAUUUGGUGGAUUAGUCAAGUGCCGAUUGGCAUUUUAUUUAAGGGAAAAGAACUAUUUCCAUUAAAUCUUUGCCUGUUCUUCCGACAUCACUCUUCGAGUUGGCAUCGCCAGCACAAGUUCUACACGGCGCUACGACAGCAUCCUUCCGGUCGCAGGAG